AAUUGUUGUGAUAAACUUAUUAAAUAGUUGUAAGUGAGCAUGAUAUAAGGAGAGAGAAGAGAGAUGUUGUAUCUGGAGGACUUCCUGGAGCUGAUCGAGACUCUCCCGAAUGAGGUGAGGGACAAGUGCACAACUGUGAGGGAGUUGGACCUCUCAGUGCAGAAUCAGGUGGAGCUGCUGCAGAAGAAGAUGCAGUCCAUCAGUGGAGGCACAGGGGGAGGGGGAGGCACAACUAGUGGUGGCAGUGGAACUAAGUCGUCCCAAGCGGGCGGAGGUGUGAACAAACAACAGCAGCAGCAGGAGGUGGACAUUGAGGAGAAGAAGAGGGUGUUGGAGGAAGUGGAGCGAGGCUACAGGGGGGCUCUAGUGGAUGCGGGGGAGAAAGUGAGUGUGGUGGGACAGCUGUUCCAUCUAGUCGAGAGAUACUCCAGAAGACUCGACCAGGAUCUGAACAAAUUCAAGUGGGAGCUGGAGGCGGACAAUGCAGGCAUCACUCAGAUCCUGGAGGCCAAAGUAUCCCGCCAAUUGGCCGAGGAGGAGGCACUGUCCAAGUACGCGCAACUUGGUGCAGCGGCUUCUUCUACUUCAUCUUCUUUUGUGACCACUGACAAUGUGACUUCAUCAGACUUGAACAACGGAACAGGAGGCUCAUCAUCAUCAUCAUCAUCCCUCAAAAUCAACUCAAGGUUACAACAGCAGGGUCACAAUAAAAACAGCAGACACAGUUCAUCAAUCAAAACAUCAUCGCAGCAUCAAUCACGUCGACCUGAAACAGAAGCGCCGCGAUCAUCUGCAUCUUCAGUAGGUACAUACAGACCUUACAACAACUACAGUAGCAGUACACCUCUUGCUAUGAAAAGAGAGCCGCCCUAUGGGGAGGGGGAGGGAGGGGACGAAGAGGAUGAGGGGGAGGGGGAGUUCGACAAUGACGACGAGGGUGAUGAGUGGGUGCAGGGACAUAGGAAGUCGAGCACUUUCGGCUUCUACACGCCCCCCACUUCACCACCAGAUUCGAAGUCCUUUGAAGGUUUUUCUGGCCAUCAAGAAGAGCGAUACACAUUGCCCAAAAGUCUCGACAUGCUGGAAAAGGUUACCGAAAACCUAGCCAAAAACUACAACUCUGCCAGUCGCGAAUACGAAAGCAACAUGAUCAAAAAUAGGCCUAAGCGACAAUUGAGCAUUGAGCGAAUACGCGCGGCCUCAGGGGUCGGAGGUUCGAUCCCCGCUUACGUCCCCUCAGGAAUCGACUCUUCUCAAUAUGUUUUAUCGCCUAUAAUUGGAUCUAACAAGCAAAGAAAAAGGAAGUUAGACUCUAGUUAUAAUACUCAUAACAGUAGUUAUAAUUCAUCUGGGAAUACUAGUCAGACUGAUAACGAUACAAGUGGCGAUGAUACUAAUCAUGAUUCAAAUGCAGAUUCAAGCGAACAGAGAUGGUGUAUUUGUAACGAGUAUUCGUAUGGUAACAUGAUAGCAUGUGAUAAUGUGGAUUGCCCCAUUGAAUGGUUCCACUAUCCCUGUGUGGGAAUUCCAGAGGCUGGAAUAAGUAAGAAGAAGUGGUACUGUCCCAAAUGUAAAGUGAAGGAAAAGCUGAAAAAGAAGAGUUCCAGUUACAAAAAAGGAUGAAAAUACAAAAAAAAAAUAAAAAAACAAGUGAAACUUAAAUAAAUGAUCAAUCAAAUGUCACUGUGUAUGAAAAUUGUUUAGAAA